UGUUAUCCAAACAUUCUCUUAACCCUUAUUGGCCCGCCGCUACAAUUACAGGGGAAAAAUACGCCCGUUUCUCGCAAGGCCCAAACCCUAGUCGGCUAGUCCUUAUUUUCUUCUUCCACUUCAUUGAGGCACGGAACGGACGCAGCUAGUUCAACCCCAAGCCCUGUCUUUGAAAGGAUGGUGAGAGUCAGCGUUUUGAAUGAUGCUCUAAAGAGCAUGUACAAUGCUGAGAAGCGAGGAAAGCGGCAGGUCAUGAUCAGGCCUUCUUCAAAGGUUAUCGUCAAGUUUCUGUUGGUCAUGCAGAAGCAUGGAUAUAUUGGUGAAUUUGAGUUUGUGGAUGAUCACAGAUCUGGAAAAAUUGUGGUUGAACUAAAUGGGAGAUUGAACAAGUGUGGGGUUAUUAGCCCUCGUUUUGAUGUUGGCGUCAAAGAGAUCGAGCCCUGGACUGCUAGAUUGCUUCCCUCUAGACAGUUUGGAUAUAUUGUUUUGACAACUUCUGCGGGCAUCAUGGACCACGAGGAGGCUAGGAGGAAAAACGUUGGUGGAAAAGUUCUCGGUUUCUUUUACUAGGUAGAGCUUUUCCUGUUAUGCUUUUGGAAAAUCUUUCCUGCUUUCAAGGAGUUUUGUAGUUGAAAAUUUUCAUUUUUGUGCUUGUUUUCCGGUUCAAUUUUAAGGAUGAUUAUCUAGCCAUAAUACGAGAUUAUAAUUUUUCA